AUGGAUAGAGAGCAAGAAGAGAUGCAAUUUAUUGGGUUUUUUGGCAUCUACAAAGAAUCCUACAAGGUCAUCUUUGCAUGGAGAAAAAUCUUCAGCAAGAUCGCUUUAUCUUUAAUCCUUCCUCUAUCUUUCAUCUACCUUGUUCAUAUGGAAGUAUCUAGCCUUUUCUUCAGGAAAAUCAUCCACAACGAGAUAGAACUUGAUCAUACUCGAUCAGGCACUCCUAAAUACGAGAAACUAUCUGACCUUAUCUCCGAUGAAUGGGCUUACUUUUGGCUUUUCAAGGCUGCCUAUUUCACUUUGGUUUUCAUCUUUUCCCUCCUUUCAACUGCUGCAGUUGUUUACACCAUCGCUUGCAUAUACACAGCUCGGGAGCUCACGUUCAAAAAAGUCAUGAGCGUUGUUCCCAAGGUUUGGAAGAGGCUGAUGGUUACUUUCUUGUGUAUUUUCGUUGCCAUGUUUUUCUAUCACGUCCUAGCUAUCGUUCUCAUAUUUAUUUGGGCAAUUUCAAUCGGACCAAGCAACUUGGGUGUUUUAGUGUUUUUUAUUUUAAUGAUUUUAUACUUGGCGGGGUUAUUGUAUUUGACCAUAAUCUGGCACUUGGCUAGCAUUGUCUCUGUUUUAGAAGAGGCCUACGGGUACCAAGCCAUGGUCAAGAGCAAAAACCUGAUCAAGGGAAAGUUAUGGGUCGCGAUUGCCAUUUUUCUGACGCUUAAUAUCACCUUAUUGGUCAUCCAGUUUGGAUUUCAGAGGCUGGUUGUUCAUGGAAGCACCUUGGGCAUGGCUAACAGGGUUGUCUUUGCAAUUAUUUGUUUCUUGUUGCUUUCCAAGAUGUUUCUCUUCGGAUUAGUCAUCCAGACAGUGAUAUACUUUGUUUGCAAAUCUUACCACCAUGAAAACAUCGACAAAUCUGCCUUGUCCGAUCACCUGGAAGUUUACCUGGGAGAGUAUGUUCCAUUGAAGGGCAAGGAUGUUCAGCUAGAGCAAUAUCAUGUUUGA